AUGGACACAAAUACGAUAAUCAUCGUAAGCGUGUUCGGCGGCGCCUGGCUGUUCCUCCUGCUGGUCUGCAUCGUCCUCUGCACGCAGGUCUCCAGUCUCCGACGCAAGAUCCAGGACUUAAACAACUCUGGGAGACUACGUGUGCAAAAACUUAAGAUGAGCUCGGAGGGGAACCACGCUUUCAAUAACCCCACACUGGUGCCGGACGAAGAACUGUCCCGCAGAGGCUACUCCAUGUACCCAACCUCGGAAGACGAUGUCGAGAGUGGCAGAGGUACUGAUCGGCAGAAGGGUGGGCAGUUCGUAGAGGAGUUGGAGCGGAAGUUAGACGACAGACAACAGAGGCAAAACCAGACGAACGGGCAAGCCCCGCCGUUCCUUCUGCAGAGCAUACAGGAAAACAAGAGGAAAUUAAGACAAAUGUCAAGUCAAGGACGCCAGAGCGACACUAACCCCAACUUCAUUUACUAG